UCCUUCCCUCACCGCCUCUCUCCUCCCGCAGGACGUGCCCAAGCCCAGCCGGGGCGCGCACCACUGCUCGGGCCUGGCCCGGCGGGCGCUCACCAUCGCCUUCGCGCUGCUCAUCCUGGGCCUCAUGACCUGGGCCUACGCCGCGGGCGUGCCGCUGGCCUCCGAUCGCCACGGCCUGCUGGCCUUCGGCCUCUACGGCGCCUUCCUGUCGGCGCACCUGGUGGCGCAGAGCCUCUUCGCCUACCUGGAGCACCGGCGGGUGGCGGCGGCGGUAUGCGACUCAGACACAAGACUGGACCCCAGGGCGCUGCUGGAACUGGUGCAGGUGCUGGACGAGGACCCCCGGGUCGGGGCUGUCGGCGGGGACGUGAGGAUCCUUAACCCCCUGGACUCCUGGGUCAGCUUCCUGAGCAGCCUGCGGUACUGGGUGGCCUUCAACGUGGAGCGCGCUUGCCAGAGCUACUUCCACUGUGUGUCCUGCAUCAGCGGGCCGCUUGGCCUGUACAGGAACAACCUCCUGCAGCAAUUUCUUGAGGCCUGGUACAACCAGAAGUUCCUGGGCACACACUGCACCUUUGGGGACGACCGGCACCUCACCAACCGCAUGCUCAGCAUGGGUUAUGCCACCAAGUACACGUCCCGCUCGCGCUGCUACUCGGAGACGCCCUCGUCCUUCCUGCGCUGGCUGAGCCAGCAGACGCGCUGGUCCAAGUCCUACUUCCGCGAGUGGCUGUACAACGCGCUGUGGUGGCACCGGCACCACGCCUGGAUGACCUACGAGGCGGUGGUGUCGGGGCUCUUCCCCUUCUUCGUGGCGGCCACGGUGCUGCGGCUCUUCUACGCCGGGCGCCCGUGGGCGCUGCUGUGGGUGCUGCUGUGCGUGCAGGGCGUGGCGCUGGCCAAGGCGGCCUUCGCGGCCUGGCUGCGCGGCUGCCCGCGCAUGGUGCUGCUCUCGCUCUACGCGCCGCUCUACAUGGGCGGCCUCCUGCCCGCCAAGUUCCUGGCGCUGGCCACCAUGAACCAGAGCGGCUGGGGCACCUCGGGCCGCCGCCAGCUGGCCGCCAACUACAUCCCGCUGCUGCCCUUGGCCCUCUGGGCGCUGCUGCUGCUCGGCGGCCUGGUGCGGAGCGCGGUGCGGGAUGCGCGCGCCGACUGGAGCGGGCCGGCGCGCGCGGCCGAGGCGCACCACCUGGCCCUGGGGGCCGGCGCCUACGUGGGCUACUGGGCCGUCAUGCUGACCCUCUACUGGGUGGGCGUGCGGAGGCUCUGCCGGCGGCGGUCGGGGGGCUACCGCGUCCCGGUGUGAGGUCCGGGCCGCGGGGCUCCCGCUCAGGGUCCCCGGGGCGACCAGGGACAGCCGGAAGCCGGGAGCCAUGAACUUGCUGCGUGACCUUCUGGGCCUCAGUUUCCCUCUCGGAAGUGAGGGGGCGGGCCGGGGUCUUCAGACAGGACUAUGUGGGGGCUGGGGCCGUUGCGUCCCUGGGGGAGGGGUAUUUAUUGAUCAGGGUGUUGAUUUUGGGAGGCAGGAGGUGCGGUCCAAAGGUUGGCUGGGACCCAGCUUUCUUGCUGUUUUUAAUCUCCAUUUCUACUGUGUGAUUAGGAUGCAAUAAAGUUUAUUUAUUUUCUUGAGUCGCCCACUUGUUUUUUUAACCGAGGGGGCUGCAUGGUGAGAACUGGGGUCUUCAGCUUGAGUAGUUUUGGCUACUUUUUUUUUUUUUUUAAGAUUUAUUAUGCACACAGAACUGGGGUACAGGCCAGAGGUGCAGGGGUGGUGAGAGGAUUCACCUGAGUGGGGAGCAGAACAGGCAGAUGGGCGAAGCACACUGAGGGGGGCUGUGGGUAGACAGGAGUGGUCUGCCGGGGGUCACCCAUGGAACGGCACUGAAGUGGCUGCAGCCAGCUUGCAGUGCUGCGUGGUGCCACCGGGGAGGGCCGAGUUUUGGCCGCUUAGAGACAGGCUACUUCCCUUCCCUUGACUACACCCAUUUGCAGAUAGGGACAUUUUCUCUACUCAUUACAGACGUCUGCACCCACUACAGGCCUGGGUCUCUAGGCCCUGGGGCUGUCCUGGCCCCCCACUGGUACCCUCUGGGGCUACCUCAGACCUUCACUCCCUCCUCAGGCCUCUCCUUAGCUUGCUUCCCACCUCAGGGAGAGAACAGGCCAAGGUCCCCACCCCCUGGGCAUCUUCCCUAGACCUGCCUGUGCCCUGGGUCACCCCUGCAGAGACCAUGCCAACCCCUUCCUCCCAGACACCUGCCGGGCGCACCCCGGGGACGCCUGGCAGCUCCCUCACUCUACUGGCUCCUAUCAUCUUUCCACCUCCUGGGCCUCCAGGGCCCCCUUGACUCACCCCUGGCACAGAACUCUGGGACAGCCGCGCUUGCCGCCACUCCCCCCACAAAGCUCACUUUUAGUAAGUCACUACUUCACGCAGCCACCCCGUAAUGUAGUCUUAGGGAAUUCCCAUCACCCCAAAAGGCCACACUGCCUCCUGUCUGUGGAUUUGCUCAGCCUGGGGCGCGGGGCGCGCCGACCAGGCAGCCAGCUCCCUCCGACUGGAUGGUGCCCAGGCUGUGCCACGUCUCGCUGCAGGUGACGCUGCAGGGUCCUUUCUUUGCCCCGACAGUCCAUUGUGGGGACAUGUUGCAUUUUUAUUACCCACAGCCAUCUGGAUGUUUGGGUGUCAUGUUCUCUGGUUCCUGUGAAUGCUGCUGCUGUGGACAUGCACGCUUCCCCGAGCUGGCCUCAGACUCCUGAUGCCCCAGAGUUCAACUCACACCAUCUACCCUGUGCCCCCAGAAGCCAGCUACAAGCCGGCUGCCGUGCAGGGGCUGGCUAUCUGACCCAGAGCGCCCCACGUGCUGGAGUGAUCACAGAACUCAGGCGUUUUACAUUGCAGACUGCUGGCUUAUUGUAAAAGGAUGGACACAGGACACAAACUCCCCAGAAGUGUGGCGAGCCAGGCUGGAGAAAGGGCAGCGCUCCCCAAAUCUCCAUGGGCUCACCAAGCCGAGGGUCUGGGGCCCGCUGUCCCCUGGGCCUUCUCAGAGGCUUCGUUACGUGGGCGUGAGUCACGGCCCCACACCGGUCUCCCUGCUCGGCUCCCCUACUGCACAUCUUACCCCGUCUGGGGUACCUUGACUUCUCUCAGGUUUCUCGCAGGUGCAUACGGCGAGGGUGUAGACUUCUGUCAGCUCUGAUUUCUUCGCUGCUGUCUCUUCAAAGCCCGGCACGGACAAAGUGCUCGGCCAGUGCUGGCUGAGUGAACCAGUCACUCAGUGAACAAAAAGGACUACAGGCCCGGAAGCGUCUCAGACCCAGUGAGGAUCAGCUCAGGGCCUCCCUGGUGGCCCAGGGGCCGAGUCUCAGCACUUCGAAGCGAUCAGUGGCCACUGUGGCCUGAGUUCGAGUCCCCGCCCCAGAGGUGACCCUCAGAGUGCAGCAGUGUGUCC